GAUUGCAGCGAAGGGCCGCGAACCUCAGAGCCGUCAGCCAUGUUGUAUCUCUGACAGCGCUUUCCGCAACAGGUUGUCAGGGUUUAAAGGAAAAAGAAUUAGGGCAACCUUCACCAAUAUUGUUUAUCGCUUCUUUACAUGAGAAGACGUUGAAAGAAGAUAUUUACAUCUCCAUGGGAUCACACACAGUCAAAAAUGUCCAUUUCUCCUUCGUUGUGGAAUAGUCAGGGUGCCUGAGCUAGCAAGUUGAGUCGAGGACCAGGACUACUUUUCCUGUUUCCCCACACCCCCACCUGCAACCAUGAAUGGUGGCCGCAGUAUAUGGGCUAUAAGUCCAGAGGAAAGGGAUAAACAUGAUCAGAAAUUUGACACCCUCUCCCCAGUGCAGGGUUUUGUGACUGGGGACAAGGCACGAGGUUUCUUCCUGCAGUCAGGCCUCCCUUCCUCUGUGUUGGCUGAGAUCUGGGCUCUGGCUGACAUGAACAGGGAUGGGAAAAUGGACCGUUUGGAGUUCUCUAUUGCUAUGAAACUGAUUAAGAUGAAGUUGCAGGGUCAGAAUCUUCCUUUAGCUCUGCCUAUCAUCAUGAAACAGCCACCAGUACCUGCUCCUACCAUGCCACUAACACCACUUGGGAUGGGAUCCAUGCAAAACAUACCCAUGGUCCCCACUAUGCCUGUUCUUACCCCCAUGCCACUGCCCUCCGUAAGUCCUAUGCAGGGCAUGACUCCCAUGAUGCCCACUGGACUGACCAUGCCAAUAAUGCCCACCAUUAAUGCUCCCGCUCUGGCCAAUGGACCUGUGGGUAUAAUACAGCCCACUCCUGUUUCUCUUACAAAUGCUCUCCCACUGAACAGUUACUUCACUUCCUCUCAAAUGGGGUUUUCUCCCACUGCCAAGACAUCAGCUCUCCUGGACCUGAGUUCCAGCAGCUCGAACUCUUCUUCCACAACAUCUUUAGCCAGCAGCUCUCCUCAAAGCAGCCCCUUGGACUGGGCUGUGCCGCAGGCAUCCCGGCUUAAAUACAGACAGCAGUUCAACAGCCUAGAUAGGCAGAUGAUUGGCUAUCUGUCAGGCCCUCAAGUGAGGAAUGCAAUGGCUUCAACAUCAUUAAGUCAAACACAGCUAGCCACUAUUUGGAACCUGGCAGAUGUAGAUAAGGAUGGCAAACUAAAGGCAGAUGAGUUUAUUCUGGCCAUGCACCUGGUUGAUAUGGCCAGGGAAGGACAGGCUCUGCCUCUUGCUCUUCCUGUUGAUCUUGUACCCCCAUCACUCAGAGGGAACGUUGGCGAUUCAUUGAAUGGAUCCACCAGUUCGUCCGUCUAUGCUUCCCUAGCUGAGGAGUUUACAGACUCUGAUCCGCCACAGAAAUCCAAGAAUAACUUGACCUUUGAGGACAAGUUCAAGGAAAACCUGGAGCGUGGAAAUGCAGAGCUGGAGAAACGGCGCCUGGCUUUGCUGGAGCAACAGCGACGUGAGGAAGAGAGGAGAGCGCAAAAAGCUCGUGAGGAGCAGGAGAGAAAAGAGAGGGAGGCACGUGAGCUAGAGCUGAGGAGGAAGAGAGAGGAGGAGCAGAGACUGGAGCGACAGAGGGAGCUGGAAAGGCAGAGGGAGGAGGAGAGACUCAAAGAGCUAGAGAGGAAAGAGGCCGCUAAGAAGGAGCUAGAGCGGCAGCGCCAGUUUGAGUUGGAGAAGAAGAAAAAGCAGGACCUCCAGAACCAGAAAAGUCAUGAGCAAGAGAUCAUCAUUCACUUGAAGUCAAAGAAGAGGAGUCUGGAGUUGGAGCUUGAAGCUGUGGGGAACAAACAUAAAGAAAUCUCUGAAAAACUGAGAGAUGCCCAGGCCAAGAAGAAAGUCCAGAAAAUUGAAUUGGAUUGUAUCAACCAGAAGAGAGAUGGACAAAUAAUAGAAAUCAACUCGUUGCAGCAGCAGUUUGAGGAGUUGCAGAGGAAACUGGCACAGUUAGCUCCAGAGCAGCAGAAGCUGAACGAGAUGCUUCGAAAUGUGAAUCUGAACAACAUGACAGCUUCCACAAUGACCACUUUACAGAAGAGUGUUACAGAUAAAGACCUCAGCUGUAGAAAGUUGAAAGAACAGCUUGAUGCUUUAGAGAAAGAGAUGACAGCAAAACUGGGUGAUAUGGAUCAGUAUAAAAAGGACAUACAGGACCUCAGAGAGAGCCAGAGAGAUCAGCAGUCUGCACUAGACAAACUGCGUAGUCUCAAAGCAGACAAACUGAGAGAGCUCAAAAGAUGCAAAGAGGAAGAACUGGAGAAGAAAAGAAGGGAGGAGGAAGAACAACGGCGCAUCAAACAGGAGAAGGAACGCCAGUGGCAGGAGAAAGUGCGGCGUGAUGAGGAGGAGAAACAGAGGAAACUCCAGGAGGAGAGAGAGGCCAAACUCCGAGAGGAGGAGGAGAGAGAGAGGCAGGCUUGUCUGCAGGCUGCCAAAGAACAAGCAGAAAGAGAGCGCAGGGCACAGGAGGAGGAGGAGAGGAGGCAGAGGGAGGAGGAGAGGAGGAGGAAGGAAGAGGAGGAGAAGAAAAAGAGGAAGGAGGAUGAGAGGAGAGAGCAAGAGAGGAGGAGACGUGAGGAGGAGGAUCACAAGAGGCGAGAAGAGGAGAGGAAGAAAUUAGAGGAAGAACGUAGAAAGCUGGAGGAGGAAAGGAGGAAGCUGGAGGAGGAGAGGCGGAGACAGGAGGUGGAGAGGCGGGAAGAGGAGAAGAGGAGACAGGAAGAAGAGAGGAAGCGUGAGGAGCGUAGGAGAGCAGAGGAGGAACGUCGAGAAGAGGAGAGAAGGAAGGAGCGAGAGGAAGAGGAAAGGCGGCGACUGCGAGCACAGGAGGCAGCAAUCAGGGAUGCAGAGGAGCGGAAGAGGAAAGAGGAGGAGCGGAAGAGGAAAGAGGAGGAAGACCGGAGGAGACGAGACGAGGAAAGAAAGAAACAAGAUGAAGAACGGAGGAGAAAACAACAAGAAGAGCAGGCUGCUGCUGCUGCUACUGCUACUGCAGCUGCAAGGCUGAAAGACGAAAAGCAAAAUGAUUCAAAAUCGGACAUUGUUGCUGCACUUCUCAGAGGAUUAGAGGAGAGGAAAGGUCAUAGACAGCCCCUGGGCAAGUCACACAGGAAAUCAGCAGCUCUGACCAAAUUUAAAGCAUUGUACCCCUUCUCAGCCAGGAACGAGGAAGAACUCUCUUUUGACACGGGUGAUAUAAUUGAGGUGGAUGAGACAAUGGAAAGAGAGGAGGGUUGGCUUUAUGGAAGUUUUCAUGGGAAAUUUGGCUGGUUCCCUGAGAGCUAUGUAGAAAAGCAGCACAAGCCAGAGACACCAAGUACUAAAGCAUCCCUUAAACCGCAGGCCUUGCUGUCGACCUCUCGCAAUGUUACUGAAGCUUCUGUUCAUAGUGGAUCAGGCCAGAACUCUGCCUUCACCCGCACUCACGCCAUGGGCAGCACGUCCACUGAGCACCGUCAGGUGGUGGGGAAACUGCAGGUUAAAGCUUUGUGUUCUUGGACGGCAAAAACUGACAACCACCUCAAUUUCUCCAAGGAUGAUGUGAUCACGGUUCUGGAACAGCAGGAAAACUGGUGGCUAGGGGAACUGAAUGGAAUACAGGGCUGGUUUCCUAAAACUUACGUCAUGGUCCUAAACAGCAGCGACUUGUCUGCAGAUUCCACUGAGGAAUCAACAGCAGCAGAUGCCACUUCCCUUGAGGAAUAUGUGGCUCUCUAUACCUACGAAAGCCCUGAACCUGGAGAUUUGACCUUCACUGAGGGAGACACCAUCCUUGUGUCACAGAGAGAAGGAGAGUGGUGGAGAGGCAGCAUUGGAGACCGUUCUGGACUCUUUCCCUCCAACUAUGUUAAACCCAAGGAAUCUGAUAAUUCAGUCCUCAAACCUGGCACGGUUGGGAAAAAGCCAGAGGUAGCUCAGGUGACCAGUGUGUAUACAGCCUCAGGGACAGGACAACUGAAUCUGUCUCCUGGUCAGCUCAUCGUCAUUCUUAGUAAAAACCACUCGGGCUGGUGGCUGGGUGAACUGCAGGCACGGGGUAAGAAGCGACAGAAGGGCUGGUUUCCAGCGUCUCAUGUUAAACAGCUGGGGUCAAAUAGCGGCAAGUCCACACCUGCGAUCGUACCAGUUGGUCAGGUUAUUGCCAUAUAUGACUACACGGCAGCAAACCAGGACGAGCUGAGCUUCUCCAAGAGUCAGAUCAUCAACGUGCUGGAUAAGAGUGACCCUGACUGGUGGAAAGGAGAAAUCAAUGGUGUCACAGGCCUUAUCCCCACCAACUAUGUGAAAAUGACCACCACUGAAUCUGACCCUAGCCAGCAGUGGUGUGCUGACCUGACGAGUCUAGACUCCAUGAGCUUGCAGGAAAAGAAACGACAAGGCUACAUCCACGAGCUCAUCGAGACAGAGGAUAGAUACAUGGAAGAUCUUCAGCUGGUUCUGGAGGUGUUUCACAAGCCAAUGUCUGAGUCAGGUCUGUUAACAGAAGCUGAGAUGAACAUGAUAUUUGUGAACUGGAAAGAGCUCAUCAUGUCCAACACCAAGCUGCUCAAAGCCCUUUGUGUGAGGAAGAAGAUGGGAGGAGAAAAGAUGCCAGUACAUAUGAUCGGGGACAUCCUAGCCACUGAGCUCUCACACAUGCAGGCCUACAUUCACUUCUGCAGCUGCCAGUUAAAUGCUGCUGCUUUGCUGCAACAAAAGACUGACCAGGAGCCAGAGUUCAAAGACUUCCUCAAGAAAAUUGCCACAGAUUACCGCUGUAAAGGAAUGCCAUUGUCCAGUUUUUUACUGAAACCUAUGCAGAGAAUCACACGUUACCCUCUCCACAUCAAAAAUAUUCUUGAGAGCACCCCUGAGAAUCAUGUGGAUCAUGCUCAGCUGCGAGAAGCUCUGGAGAAGGCUGAGGAGCUGUGCUUUCAGGUGAAUGAGGGCGUGAGAGAGAAGGAGAACUCGGACCGUCUUGAGUGGAUCCAAAACCAUGUUCAAUGUGAGGGAAUCACAGAGAAUCUGGUUUUCAACUCCUUGACCAACUGUCUGGGUCCACGAAAACUCCUCCACAGUGGGAAACUGUUCAAGACCAAGAGUAAUAAGGAACUGUAUGCUUUUCUUUUCAAUGACUUCCUUCUCCUAACCCAAGCUGUCAAGCAGUUCACUUCUUCAGGCUCAGACAAACUCUUCAGCCCAAAGUCCAAUACACAGUACAAGAUGUACAAAUCAGUUUUGUUCCUGAAUGAAGUCCUGGUAAAGAUGCCACCUGAUCCAUCCAGUGAUGAGCCAGUCUUCCACAUCUCUCACAUUGACCGGGUUUAUACCCUCAAAACAGAUAAUAUUAAUGAGAGGACUGCAUGGGUUCAGAAGAUCAAAGCUGCCUCAGAGGAGUUCAUUGAGACUGAGAAAAGUAAAAGAGAUAAGGCCUUUCAGGCUCGCUCAAUGAAAGCCAAUGGAAUUGGCCGUCUGCUUGUAACGGUCCAGGAGGCAACAGAACUUAAAUCCUCUAAAUCAAGUGGAAGGUGCAAUCCUUACUGUGAAGUAACCAUGGGGGCACAGUGCUACACCUCUCGAACUCUGAAUGACACGCUAAACCCAAAAUGGAACUUCAACUGUCAGUUCCACAUCAAGGACUUGUAUCAAGAUGUGCUGUGCAUCACCAUUUACGAACGAGAGCAGUUUGCACCUGAUGAAUUCUUGGGUCAGACAGAGCUGCCUGUGGCCACUAUUAAGAAGGACCUGGAGAACAAAGGUGCGGCGACAAAAAGACUGUUGCUUCACGAAGUGCCUACUGGGGAGGUCUGGGUCCGUCUAGAUUUUCAACUGUUUGAUGGCAAAACCCCUAAAUGAAAGGAAUAAUGGCUUGUUAUGGACACUGAACAGCUACAUGCUGUUUAUACUCCAGAUCUUCUUUACAAAACACCUUGCCUUAAAACAUCCUCAGCUACUGUGGAACAUGCUACUGAAUGUGUGACUUUUCUUGAAGACUUGUGGAUAGUGUGUUAAUGACUAUGAUGAUGCCAAGUUUAUGCCUUUUUGUAGAAUUAUGUGACCCAAUAUGGAGGAAGUGUCCGCAUACUGCAGUUUUGCUUCAAUUCUUUACCACUGGAUGUAGAGAUGUCUCAGGAUUUCUAUUUUCAUUUAAUUACUGUCCAUUUUGCUGUAUUGGAGGCUUUUUUUUUUCUUCUUAAAUAAAUUUGCUUUGAUCUUUUGUAGGUCAGGAUUGGCACUUGAUCUUGACAGUUCUGGAAGAGAACACUACAUUUAACAGCCUGUAUUACCUAAUACUGUAUAAUAAUUUAAGCAUCUAUUCAGAUAUACAAAUCCUUUUUCAGAAAGAUUUUGCUAAGGUAAUAGUAGAUAAACUGUUGUUUUCUUUGAGCAAUUGAGCAGUGAGUUUUAUUUUACCAUGGUACAAAUGAAGUGAAUACCCAAGAGUGAUUUUAUAGGCUCUAAUCACUGUUUAUUUUGUGUGAGUUGUAUUUAUUUUUAAUUUGUGUGACUAUCCACACUUAUCCCAGCUCAAGAUGUUCAUAAUGCUUUGACAUUUGCUCUACAUCCCAGCUAUACUGCAAACAUUUUCCUAAAACUAGCUGCACAUUUUUGUUUGUUUGAUUUAGCUACUUAUUUUUGAUUGAUUUUAAAUGUUAUAUAGUUUUAAAUUCCCUCUUUGUGUCAUAUUUUGGUUGUUUUACCUGCUGGUUUUCAGACUUUGCACAGAGUUGCUUGAGCAUGACAUAAGCAAAGUAUUAAAUACAGUAUGUAGAGGUGCCAACAUUGUUAACAAGAAAAUCUUAGUAGGAAAUCCCCCAAAUCCCUAGAAUAUGCGAGUAAACAGGAUGCCUUCAUGCUAUCGCCAUAAAUGGGGGGGUAUUGGUUGAACCAAUAUUUAACUCCAAUCUCAGAAAUGUUUGGAUUCAUAAGCAAGCAGCUGUGUGUACAAGUUCAAUUUAUAAUUGUUACAAAGUUAAUUGCAUGUAUGGUUUACAGUCCCAUAUAAUGUUCAAAUUAUGUUCACAUAAACUGUCUACAAAAAUAGUGAAAAUUUUACUGUUUAUCAACUGGCUUAUUUGAAGACAACUCAGUGCAGGGUCAGUACAAAAUUGGGCUUCCCACUUUUAUUAUUGUCAUUAAAUGAAACAAAUUAUAUAUAGUGCUGUGAAAAAGUAUUUGCCUCCAUCCUGGUUUCUUCUGUUUUUGUGUACAUCUCAUGCUAAAUGGUUUUAGAUUUUCAAACAAAAUACAUCAUAAAACAAAAGCAACCUGAGUAAACACACAAUACAUUUAUUUAUUUAUUUAUUUAUUUAUUUUUAUUGAAGAAAAUGAAGUGAUCCAACACCUAUCACCCAUGUGAAAAAGUAAUGGCCCCCUUAAACUUAAAAUUUGGUGUUGCCGCCUUUAGCAGCAAUGUCUGCAACCAAACGCUUCCGAUAACUGAAAUUAGACUUUCACUUCGCUGAUAAAUUAAGAUAAAUUUUCUUUUGCAUGAAGCAGUAGUAACUGAAAUGACUUUUGUGGCUUACAUCCUUUUGAGGGAUUCAGCUUUUCUGCUAAGUGAAUUUUAUUUGUGUUUUAGUCUGAGCGCUGAAGAAAAGCAUAGUUUUUGGUGUCUCCUGUAUUGCAGUAGCAAGAAGUCAAAAAUUGUAAAUGCAAUGGCUAAACCAUCGAUGUUGGCACCUCUGAAUAUGAGCACAUGUAUGCAACAAAAUCAGGGUUUAUAAGUAUUUUCUAUCUUCUCCUGGUGUGAAAUUCUCCUUUUCUUUCACAGUGUGCUGAUGUAACAUUGCCAGUUUGGAAUAACUGAUUGCACCCAAUGCUUCCCAAUUUAUAAACUGAAAAAUAAAUGCAAUUUAUACAAUUUA